AUGACUGGCCCCUCCCACGUCGCCGGGAUCAUGUAUCAUACCGGCACCUCUGACCAUCCGCAGCCAGCGCAACGCCAGCCGCUCCUGCGGAGGACCCGGUUUGUCUGCGUCUCUGACACCCACAACACCACCGUCAAACUGCCAAAGGGCGACGUGCUGAUCCACGCGGGAGACCUGACCAACCAGGGCAGCUAUUCCGAGUUGUCUCGGGCUGUCCAAUGGCUUGAGAAGGCCGACUUUGAAACCAAAAUUGUCGUCGCAGGGAACCAUGACUUGACUCUGGAUCCUGACUUCUACGCCCAACACGGAAGUCACUUCCACAACCAAACACCACAAUCACCCCAAGACUGCAAAAGGCUCCUCACCAACUCGCCAUCAAUAACCUAUCUCACUCACGAAACAGCAACGGUCCGUCUCUCCUCGCCCUCGGGACCACACACCUCCUUCACCGUCUUCGGAUCCCCUUACUCACCGCGCAACGGCCUCUGGGCAUUCGGCUAUGACGCUCCGCAGCACGGCAGCGUCGGCGCCGUCGUGACAAAUGACCUCCCCGCGCUCUGGGACGACAUUCCGCUUGAAGUAGAUGUCGUGGUGACGCACACACCGCCGCACACCCACUGCGACGAGUCCCGCGCCCGGCGCGCCGCCGGGUGCGAAGCCCUGAGGCGCGCUCUUUGGCGGGUUCGACCACGCCUCGCCGUCUGCGGACAUGUCCAUGAGGGCCGCGGCGUCGAGCGGGUGCGCUGGGACCUUGGGUGCGGCGGUUCGGCCUUCAGGGAGGACGGCGUGGAGCGCUGGAGCGACCCGGGGCAGGGAAACAAGCAGUCUCUUGUGAACUUGUCGGUCAAGGGGGGUAAUCCUCUGCGCAACGACGGGUCACAUCCAGAGAAUGGUUCAUCCGACAGGGUUGUAGGAAAUACACCAUCCGGUCCCUCCGCCUCCGCCUCCGCCUCCGGAGAAACGAUGUCGUUGGAGACCGCCGCAAAACCGGGGCUCGGCACCCGCGGCCUCGGCGGAGAUCCAACGUCAGCCCGCACCGACGCCGCCGCACUCGCAGGGCGCCUGGGCCGACGCGAGACGUGUGUCGUCAACUGCGCCGUCAUGGCCAAGAGUUACCCCCACGUCGGCGGCAAAACGGUCAACAAACCCAUCGUCGUGGACCUGGAUCUGCCCGUGUGGGAGUGGACUCGCGACGGCAUGCCGCGGGUCGCGUAUGUGGAGUGA